UGGUUGGCAAAAUGCUUUUAGAAGAUUGACUUGGUUGGAGCGUAGUAACCCAUGGCUUUGGACAAAAUGUCAGCUGUGGACGGUAUCAAGCAUGAACUUCAAGAAUUGAAAGAGAGCUUAAAUCAAGCAGAAUGCGAAAAUCUCAGACUGAAGGAAUUACUUAAAGAGAUGGCUCUGGCUAAGCAAACUCUCGCAAAUGAGUUGUGGGGAGCUCAAUCAGAGAAUGCGAAACUAACGAAAAAGCUUAGCAAGCAAAAACAUAUAUUUACAGUUCACGCUAAAACGCAAUCCAUCGAGAUGAAUCGAAUAGGAAAAACGCUCGAAGGAUUACAGAACUCGUUACGAACGUCCAACCGGCAGAUGGCUCGUCACAUGCAGCGCUGCUCCAGCGUCCGGUCCCGGCUGGGGACGAUUUUCCUGCGGAUGUGGUCGACCAAGCAGUGGCACCUGGGCGACCGGAACCGGUACCAGCGGAUGUGCCUUCAGUUUGCCGAGUACGUGCGGGAACAGAACCGCUACCUGCAGGCAACGGUCGACGCCAAGCUCAGCGUCGAGAGCAUUGCCAGCUGCCACCGGCAGUAUCUGAACCUGUUGACACGAUGCUCACAGUUGCUGCACGAGAAUAUGGGUCUGCGGUUGCUGGCGGUUCGAGACGAGUCGUCCGGUAGCAUUCGGUCGAGGCUAUCCAUGCAACAGAGCGUUGACUCUAAUCCUGACGGAAUUGAUUCUGGAAAUGACUCAAAAAUUCUUGUAAAGAAGCGUUCCAGCUCUAUUUAGAUGUAACAGUAUCCACUUUUCUAUUGUGAAUCAUGUUAGUUAUCUUGCACCACAGUACCGAACGAAGCAAAUACACACGAAAUAGAUGGAGUUUA